GCUGGCUGCUGCCCGUGCUGCCAGGACCAUGAGGGUCAUCUCUGGCACUGGCCUCGUGCUCUGCGGUUUGCUGCUGCUCCUCCUGGCCCCACGCACGCUUGGCCUCGCCCCCCAGUCCAGAGGGCGUCUCUGCCGGACCCGGCCCACGGACCUGGUGUUCGUUGUCGACAGCUCACGCAGCGUGCGGCCGGUGGAGUUUGAGAAGGUGAAGGUGUUCCUGAGCCAGGUCAUCGAGUCGCUCAAUGUGGGGCCCAAUGCCACCCGGGUGGGCGUGGUCAACUAUGCCAGCUCGGUGAAGCAGGAGUUCCCUCUGCGAGCCCAUGGCUCCAAGGCCGCCCUGCUGCAGGCCGUGCGCCGCAUCCAGCCGCUGUCCACCGGCACCAUGACUGGUCUGGCCAUCCAGUAUGCUGUCACCAAGGCCUUCAGUGAUGCCGACGGUGGUCGAUCCAGGUCCCCUGACAUCAGCAAGGUGGUCAUCGUGGUGACAGACGGGAGGCCCCAGGAUAGCGUGCGGGACGUGUCUGCACGGGCCCGGGCCAGCGGCAUCGAGCUGUUCGCCAUUGGCGUGGGCCGCGUAGACAAGGCCACGUUGCGGCAGAUCGCCAGCGAGCCGCAGGACGAGCACAUCGACUAUGUCGAGAGCUACAGCGUCAUCGAGAAGCUGUCUAAGAAGUUCCAGGAGGCCUUCUGCUUGGUGUCGGACUUGUGUGCCACGGGAGACCACGACUGUGAGCAGGUGUGCAUCAGCUCCCCAGGCUCCUACACCUGCGCCUGCCGCGAGGGCUUCACCUUGAACAGUGAUGGCAAGACUUGCAAUGUCUGCAGAGGCGGCGGUGGAAGUUCGGCCACGGACCUGGUCUUCCUCAUCGAUGGAUCUAAGAGUGUGCGGCCCGAGAACUUCGAGCUGGUGAAGAAGUUCAUCAACCAGAUCGUGGACACGCUGGAUGUGUCGGACAAGCUGGCCCAGGUGGGGCUGGUGCAGUACUCGAGUUCUGUGCGCCAGGAGUUCCCGCUGGGCCGCUUCCACACCAAGAAGGACAUCAAGGCAGCUGUGCGGAACAUGUCCUACAUGGAGAGGGGCACCAUGACUGGCGCUGCCCUCAAGUACCUCAUCGACAAUUCCUUCACCGUGUCCAGUGGGGCGAGGCCUGGCGCCCAGAAGGUGGGCAUUGUCUUCACUGACGGUCGGAGCCAGGACUACAUCAACGAUGCUGCCAAGAAGGCCAAGGACCUGGGCUUUAAGAUGUUUGCCGUGGGUGUGGGCAAUGCCGUGGAGGACGAGCUGAGAGAAAUCGCCUCGGAGCCUGUGGCAGAGCACUACUUCUACACGGCUGACUUCAAGACCAUCAACCAGAUUGGCAAGAAGUUGCAGAGGAAGAUCUGUGUGGAGGAAGACCCAUGCGACUGUGAGUCUAUUGUGAAAUUCCAGGCCAAAGUGGAGGGGCUGCUGCAGGCCUUGACCAGGAAGCUGGAAGCUGUGAGUAAGCGGCUGGCCAUCCUGGAGAACACGAUCGUCUAAGGGCACCUGUCUCCGCUGCGGCUUCCCCAUCUUCCCACCCCAAGCACAGCUCACAGAGUCCUGCGUGUGUCCCCUAGAGCCCCACGUUUAGUGUAGCUUUGCCUCUUAGUGAGGGGUGUUUGGAAGGGGCAGGCCCCUGGGAUGGCACCAAGCCUCUCCCUCCUCCACCAGCCUGCUAGCCCGGCGGGGGCAGGGCUGGGGUGUGUGUUUGAGUGUGUGUACUGGGGCUGCAUGAGUGGGAGCAUGCGUGUGUGCCUCGGGGCAGGGGUGUGUCUGCUCCAGUGCAAUAGUGAGAACACAGGGGUGAGUGUGAGAGGGACUGCAUUUGCAUUUUUUCAAUCAAAAGCUUAAUAUAUUCCCAUAUUUUUUUAGUUAACCCUUUGUCAACUGCAAGUACUGUGACUCUCCUGUCUGAUUUCUCUAUUCCUCUUUGAAAAACAAUUAAAUGUGAUUUAACUUAAGCACUAAA